AUGCGCAAAAUCACGACUAUUAAUCAGAUAAGUAUCUGUACUCGCAUUCAACAAUGGUUCAAGUCGGCAAUCAAAACAGUCACUGAAAGUAUCAGCGAUCUAGCUGUUAAAAAAGAUGAAAAAAAGACUGAACAAAACAAGUCGACACCAACGAAAAAGACUGUGCCAACCGGUACAUCUGUAUCCAAACAAAAAGCUUCAAAACAAAUCAGUAUUCGCGGUAUUCCAAUGCUAGAAAAUGUCCAAGCCGUGAAGAAAACUUUCAAUCGUCAUUUACAUUUUACUGUUGUAAAAGAUCGUGAUGUCGCGACUGAACGCGAUUAUUAUAGCUCAUUGGCAUAUACAGUUCGCGAUCAUCUGAUUGGUCGAUGGAUUCGCACGCAUCAGCAUCAUUUUGAAACUGAUGGCAAACGUGUUUACUAUCUUUCAAUGGAGUUUUACAUGGGACGAACAUUAUCAAAUUGCAUGAUUAAUUUAGGCAUUGAAAAUGACGUUGAUGAAGCUCUCUAUGAAAUGGGUUUGAAUAUUGAAGAACUAGAAGAACUAGAAAUGGAUGCUGCACUCGGAAACGGUGGUCUCGGUCGACUAGCAGCUUGCUUUCUUGACAGCAUGGCAACCUUAGGUCUUCCAUCGUAUGGAUACGGUCUUCGAUAUGACUAUGGAAUUUUCACUCAAAAGAUUGAAGAUGGUUCCCAAAUGGAAUAUCCCGACGAUUGGUUACGAUAUGGCAAUCCAUGGGAAAUUUCUCGACCUGAAUUUCUUGUGCCUGUACAAUUCUAUGGCAAAGUGGUUGAAGAAAAUGGAAAGAAGAAAUGGAUUGAGACCGAAAUCAUUCAAGCUAUGCCGUUUGAUACACCAAUACCUGGUUUCAAUAACAAUGUUGUCAACACACUUCGAUUAUGGUCAGCUAAAGCACCAGGCAAAUUCAAUUUUCAACUGUUCAAUGCCGGUGAUUAUAUUCGUGCUGUUGCUGAACAAAGUUUAACUGAAAAUAUCACACGUGUUCUUUAUCCAAACGACAAUUUUGAUGAAGGAAAAAUCCUUCGAUUGAAGCAAGAAUACUUUUUAGUAUCAGCAUCUUUACAAGAUAUUCUUCGUCGUUAUAAACAUUCCAAGAUUUAUUCGAACACCAGCAAACCAGUUGAUUUCACACGUUUUCCAGAAAAAGCUGCGGUUCAAUUGAAUGAUACACAUCCAGCACUAUCGGUCGCAGAACUCAUGCGUCUAUUGAUCGAUGAAGAAGAGUUAACUUGGGAUCAAGCAUUCGACAUCACAAAGAAAACAAUUGCCUACACCAAUCAUACAUUGUUACCUGAGGCACUUGAACGUUGGCCAAUCGAUAUGUUCCAAAAACUGCUUCCACGACACUUAGAAAUCAUCACGGAAAUCAAUCUACACCAUUUAGAUCUCGUACGACAAAAAUGGCCUGGUGAUGAAGAACGUUUGAAACGCAUGUCCGUUGUCGAAGAUGAACAUAAAGUUGUUAAUAUGGGUUACUUAUCAAUUGUUGGUUCACAUGCUGUCAAUGGUGUUGCGAAAUUACACAGUGAUUUAUUGAAGACAACUUUAUUCAAGGAUUUUUAUGAAUUAAAUCCUGAAAAAUUUCAAAACAAAACCAAUGGUAUUACACCGCGUCGUUGGGUACUUUUAUGUAAUCCAGACCUAUCGGAUGUGAUUGCAAGUAAAAUCGGCGAAAGUUGGAUAACAAAUUUAUCUCAAUUAUCACAAUUACGUAAUUAUGUCAACGACGAACAAUUCGUUCGAGAUGUCCAACGUGUCGAACUCGAAAAUAAACAACGACUCGUUGAUAUGUUUAAAACUGAAUACGGCGUUAACGUCAACCCAACAUCGAUGUUCGAUGUGCAAAUCAAACGUAUUCAUGAAUACAAACGACAGUUAUUAAACUGUCUUCAUGUCAUUACACUCUAUAACCGUAUCAAAGAUAAUCCAAGCAAAGAAACUGUUCCCCGUACAGUCAUUUUCGGCGGAAAAGCUGCACCUGGUUAUCUAACUGCCAAAUUAAUCAUUAAAUUGAUUUGCAAUGUCGGACGUACAAUAAACAAUGAUCCUGCAAUUGGUGACCGACUUAAAGUCAUCUUUCUCGAAAACUAUCGUGUUAGUCUUGCCGAAAAGAUCAUUCCAGCUAUCGACUUAUCGGAACAAAUCUCAUUGGCUGGUUUAGAAGCAUCGGGUACCGGUAACAUGAAAAUGAUGUUGAACGGUGCAUUGACUAUUGGUACAUUGGAUGGUGCCAAUGUGGAAAUGGACGAAGAAGUUGGACGUGAUAAUAUCUUCAUUUUUGGUAUGACAGUCGAAGAUGUCGAUGCACUUCGUAAGAAAGGAUAUAAAUCGAAAGAAUUUUAUGAACGUGAACCAGAAUUAAAACGAGCAUUAGAUCAGAUUCGUGAUGGAUUCUUUUCACCCGAAGAUCCAAAUCUAUUUGCUGAUAUCAUCAAACAUCUACUCGAAUGGAACGAUCAUUAUAUGCUACUUGCUGAUUAUGCUGAAUACGUCAAAGCUCAAGAACGCGUCGAUCAAUUGUAUAAAAAUUCAACUGAAUGGACGAAAAAAUGUAUAUUGAACAUUGCAGCAUCAGGAAAAUUUUCAUCUGAUCGAACGAUCGCUGAAUAUGCAAAAGAGAUUUGGGGUGUGACACCAUCAGAUAAGAAAUUGCCCUCUCCAGAAGAAGGCCGACCAGGCAUGAAAGACGAAGGCGAAAAAAUCGAACCUACACAACCACAUGUACGUCGACAAGAUUAUUAA